AUGGAUAUGUUUAAAUUACCGUUACUGGGUAAAAAUGGAUCCCAUGCUCCACCACCCGAUAUGAGCAAUAUCGAUGCUAGACCACGUCGUUUACAAGUAGCCAACUGUCCUAAUAAUGCUUAUGCGUUAGCAAAUGUAGCUGCUGUAUCUGCAUCUGAUUUUCCUAAUAACAUUUACAUAUUAGUCGACAAUCUUUUUGUAUUUACAACUAAGCAUUCGAAUGAAGUUCCACCUGGUACAAUCGGUUUCAAUGGUAACCAACGUACAUGGGGUGGCUGGUCCCUAAACCAAGAAGUGCAAUGUAGAGCGUUCGAUCUUUUCAAAUAUUCCGGUAAACAAUCAUACCUAGGUUCCAUUGAUAUUGAAAUUUCAUUCAGAUCCAGGGGUAAAGCUGUUGCUACUCCAUUCGAUCAAGAUGAGUUAGCAGCCCAUUUUGUCAAAUGUUUUGAAUCACAAAUUUUUUCUCCUACGCAGUAUUUAAUCCUAGAUUUUAAAGGUUUCUUUUUUGACUUGAAAGUUAGAAAUGUACAAGCCAUUGAUUUGGGUGAUGUUGAACCAGGGAAUGCACUAUCUACAGGAAUAGAGACCAAGGGAAUCUUGACAAAACAAACACAAAUUAAUUUUUUCAAAGGUAGAGAUGGAUUGGUAAAUUUAAAAUCAUCCAACUCUUUAAGGCCAAGAUCUGAUGCAGUUAUUAGAUCAGAUUUUAAAUUCGAAGACUUAGGUGUUGGUGGGUUAGAUAAAGAAUUUACCAAGAUCUUUAGAAGGGCAUUUGCAAGUAGAAUUUUCCCACCGUCUGUUAUUGAAAAAUUAGGUAUAUCUCAUGUAAAAGGGUUAUUACUAUAUGGCCCACCCGGUACUGGUAAAACUUUAAUUGCAAGGAAAAUCGGUACAAUGUUAAAUGCUAAAGAGCCAAAAAUUGUUAAUGGUCCUGAAAUCCUCAGUAAAUACGUAGGGUCUUCAGAGGAAAAUAUUCGUAAUUUAUUCAAAGAUGCAGAAGCAGAAUAUAGAGCUAAGGGGGAAGACUCAUCUUUACACAUUAUUAUUUUCGACGAGUUAGAUUCUGUAUUCAAACAAAGAGGUUCAAGAGGUGAUGGUACAGGUGUUGGUGAUAACGUUGUUAAUCAAUUACUAGCGAAAAUGGAUGGUGUUGACCAAUUGAAUAAUAUCUUGGUGAUUGGUAUGACGAAUCGUAAGGAUUUGAUUGAUAUCGCUUUAUUACGUCCAGGUAGAUUUGAAGUUCAAGUUGAAAUUCAUUUACCUGAUGAAAAGGGUAGAUUGCAAAUUUUUGAAAUUCAAACUAAGAAAAUGAGAGAAAAUAACAUGAUGGAUAAAGAUGUUAACUUAGCCGAGUUAGCUGCUCUAUCGAAGAAUUUCUCAGGUGCAGAAAUCGAAGGUCUAGUGAAGAGUGCAAGUUCUUUCGCUAUCAAUAAGACAGUGAAUAUAGGCAAAGGAGCUACUAAAUUGAGUACGAAAGAUAUCGCUAAAUUAAAAGUGACCAGAGAAGAUUUCUUGAAUGCACUUUCAGAAGUUACGCCAGCUUUUGGUAUUAAUGAAGAAGAUUUGAAAAGUUGUGUUGAAGGUGGUAUGAUUACUUACUCUGAUAGAGUAGAUGCUAUAUUAAGAAACGGGUCGCGUUAUGUUCGUCAAGUCCGUGAAAGUGAUAAAUCGAGACUCGUUUCUUUAUUGAUUCAUGGUCCUCCUGGAUCAGGAAAAACAGCACUUGCAGCUGCAAUUGCCUUAAAAUCUCAAUUUCCCUUUAUUAGAAUGAUUUCGGCUAAUGAACUUUCAGGUAUGUCCGAGAAUGCCAAGAUAUCCUACAUUGACAGUACCUUUAGAGAUGCAUAUAAGUCACCUUUAAAUAUCUUGGUUAUUGAUUCAUUAGAAACAUUGGUUGACUGGGUUCCUAUUGGACCAAGAUUCUCGAACAAUAUUUUACAGGUUCUAAAAGUCGCAUUAAAGAGGAAACCACCACAAGAUCGUCGUCUUCUAAUUUUAACGACAACUUCUACUUAUUCUGUUCUACAGCAAAUGGACAUACUAAGUUGCUUUGACAACGAAAUUGCAGUUCCAAAUAUGACUACGCUAGACGAGUUCAAUAAUGUUAUGAUAGAUAGUGGUUUCCUGGAUGAUGAAAAGAGAGUCAAAGUAAUCAACGAAUUAGCUCAAGUUUGUCCUAAGUUUAACGUCGGUAUCAAGAAGGCACUAACUAACAUUGAAACCGCUAGACAUGACGAUGACCCAGUGAAUGAAAUCGUCGAAUUAAUGGCGCAAUCUGUAUAA